GUGGGAAGAAACCAAGAGGGCAACAAGGUGCAGCAGCGUGGGGACUGUCUGGGUGGUUGUGCGAUUGGACGGUGCGCGAGUGUGUGUGUGACGUGAAGAGCGUGGCUGGUGGCUGGUGCAGAGGAAGCAACAAGGAGAAGCAAGCAAGCAAGAAAGGAAGAGCCAAGUGCAGUUGUGAGCGGCAAGCAAGCAAGCGACAAGGAGCGAAAAAUGGACUACACAGGCCGAUCCCAGGGUGGUGGCUACUAUGGCCGUCCCCAGUACCAAGGUCCCCCUGGCCAUCACCCGCACGCGCACCCUCAUGCGCGCCAUCAGGUGCCCCACGGCGGCUACCCCAUGCCACAUGGCGGUCCUCGUCCCGUGCGCCAGAACCAGCCGGGCACGAGCGUGUACGUUGGCAACCUGUCCUGGUCCACGACCUGGCCUCGCCUGAAGGAGUUCAUGAGCGAGAUUGGCCACGUGGCCUUUGCCGAUGUCCUGCGUGACAUGAACGGCCGCUCCAAGGGCUGCGGCAUUGUCGUCUUUGGUGACGUCGAGACUGCCAACCGCGCCAUUGCCGAGAUGUCUGGCCGCGAGCUUGAUGGCCGCCAGAUCAUGGUCCGCGAGGACCGUGAGGCCCACCGCUUUCCCCGCCGGUCUGCCCGCCCGCCUGCGCCCAUGCACCGCCCGUCCACCAACUACACCGCCACCUUUUCUGGAGAGAUGGGUUCGACGGUGUACGUUGGCGGCCUGCCGUACUCCAUGACGUGGCAGCACCUCAAGGACCUGAUGCGCAAGGCCGGUCCUGUUGAGCACGUUGAGGUCAUGUACGACGGCAACGGCAUGUCCAAGGGUUGCGGUCUCGUCCGCUUCGCCACCGCCGAGGACGCCCAGAACGCCAUCCGCAUGUUCAACGAGCAGCCCCUUGACGGCCGCAACCUGCUUGUCCGCGUCGAUGCCGAGGCCGACAAGUACCGCAGGGGCGUGAGCGUGCACGUUGGCAACCUCCCGUGGGAGGUGACGUGGAGGGAGCUCAAGGACCUGAUGCGCCCUGCCGGCGAGGUGAUCCACGCCGAGGUGAUGCACGACAACAACGGCCUGUCCCGCGGCUGGGGCAUUGUGCGCUUUGUGUCUGCGGACGGCGCCAACGCGGCGAUUGAGCAGUUCAACGAGUUUGAGUGGCUGGGCCGCAGCAUCACGGUGCGCCUGGACCGCCGCGAGGCCGAGCGCAAGAAGAAGGAGGCGACGGCUGGCGACGCUGGCGAGGGCGAGGACGCCGGCGACGAUGCUGGUGACGACGCGACCAACGCCGAUGACGACGACGAGGCCGAUGCCGAGGAGGCCGAGUAACCAUCUUCACCCACCUGCCGUAGCAGCCAUCAUGCACCAAGCCUGCGGUUGUGCAUGUGCGUUGAAUUUGUUGUUGUUGUUGUUGUCUGGCGUGUUUGUUGGGGAAGGAAUAGACGCACCCCCGAAAGCAGUUGCUUGCUUGCGCUUGUGUGCCUCCUUCCCCUUGUCCUCAUUGUGGAGUUGUUGUUCUCUCUCUCUCUCUCUCUCUCUCUCUCUCUCUCUCUUCUGCUCUUCCAUCUU